GCUGCUGGGUGUCGUCCUCUCUCAGUGAUCAGCAGCAGACAGCAGAGCUCUCAGCCUCUCGGGGACAUGGCCAGCACCCGCUUCACCGAGCGCAGCGACGAGCUGAGGAUCGUCAUGGUGGGAAAGACAGGAAAUGGGAAGAGCGCCACAGGAAACACCAUUCUGCUCCAAGACUGCUUCAAAUCCAAGUUCUGUGCCAAAUCCAUCACGGUGGACUGCUCCGAAGGCAGCGCGGUGCUCUUCGGCCAGCGGGUGAGCGUCAUCGACACUCCGGGGCUGUUCGACACCCGGUUCGGUGAAGAUAAGACGACCAAGGACAUGAGUCAGUGCAUCCAUUACUCCCUCCCUGGACCGCACGUCUUCCUGCUGGUCGUCAGGCUGGGCAGGUACACCGAGGAGGAGCAGCAGACGGUGCAAAGGAUCCAGAAGCUGUUCGGCCAGGCUGCAGACAGGUACAGCAUGGUCCUCUUCACUCAUGGAGACCUUCUAGAAGGUUCCACCAUCGAGGAGUUCCUGGCUGAAAGCCCAGAGCUGCAGGACCUGGUGGCCAGAUGCAACAACCAGUACCACGUCUUCAACAACAAGAGCAGAGACCGCUCCCAGGUCCAGCAGCUGCUGCAGAAGAUCAGAAAGGUGGUGCAGAAGAACGGAGGACGACACUACACCAACCAGAUGUUCCAGGAGGCUGAGAGGGCCGUCCAGGAGGAGAAGAGACGCAUCCAGGAGGAGAAGCAACGCCUCCUGAGGGAGGAAGAGGAGAGACGCCGCCGGCAACAGGAGGAAAGAGAAAGGCAAUUACAAGAACAAAUGGCGAGGGUGAGAGCACAGCUCGAUGCUGAGAGGAGGGAGAGGGAGGAGGAGCAGAGGAGGGAAACUGAGAGGAGGAGGCGGGAGAGGGAGGAGCAGAGGAGGAGGGAACAGCAAGAGAGAGAAGAAGAAAGAAGGAGGGAGCAAGAAGAAUGGCAGAGGGAGGUGGAGAGAGAGAAGAGGCGUUUGGAGGAGCAGAUGGAGAGAGAGAUAAGAGAGGAGCAGAGAAGACGAGAGGAGCAGAGAAGACGAGAGGAGCAGAGAAGACGAGAGGAGGAGGAGAGCUGCACCAUUCUGUGAUCUGACCACAUCCUGCAGCGUCUCAUCCUGCAGUGGCGUUAAAGCCGGCGCUCUGCUCUGGUCCUGCAGGCAGACCGCCGGGACGGGAGCUCAGAGCUCCGCCUCUCUCCAUCCUCUGAUUCUGAGUUCACACAGCUCCAGCAGCUUCGCAGCAGGUGGAGGAGGGAGGACCAUUCAGACUGGAAUCACUCCGCUCCUUUACAGUCAGCUUCUUUAGUUCCUGGAUGAAUUCUGCACAUUAUGAGUGUUUAGCUUCACACUGACCAUCAGGCUGGAAGAGGGAACACUGAUGAUUCCUCCUGAAACUCACUGAAGAGACUGAAAGAUGAUGAAGAUGAUGGUGAUGAAGAUGAUGUGUGUGCACUAAUUGAAUAAACGUAAUGUGUCACCUCACUGCUCUGUGUGAAACAGACUUUUAUUGAUGCAACAUUA